GUUAUCAACGCGUUGUUAUGGAGCUCGUGGAGUCUAGUUUGAAUCGCAAAAUAAUCUGAAACUUCCGCUUCUUUCUUCUUUGUUAAUAACAUGAACUUGAUCCAAACGAAGUAUUCAUUCUUAAAACAUGUCCUCUUUAGACCGACUUGAGGCAUUACGACAUCGUAACAAAGACUUAUUGAACCAGUUGAAUGAGCAGAGAGGGAAACUGGAGCGACUGAGAGGUUGCAGUCAAAGCGGCGAGAGGGAGGACGAGCCUGAGGAGAGGAGAGAGAGAGAGCCUGAGGAGAGGAGAGAGAGAGAGCCUGAGGAGAGGAGAGAGAGAGAGCCUGCGGAGAGGAGAGAGAGAGAGCCUGAGGAGAGGAGAGAGAGAGAGCCUGAGGAGAGGAGAGAGAGAGAGCCUGAGGAGAGGAGAGAGAGAGAGCCUGCAGAGGUCGUCAUCCAGACCGAUGGAGACCCCGCUCCAGCCAGGGCAGCCCUCGCCAAACCUACAGUGACAUUUGCAGAUGAAUGUGAGAAUCAAACCAGAGUCCAAGGCAAUGGAUCAAGACCAUGUUUGACCUCCAAACACAGCAGAGAGACAGCUGACCGUAGGCCUACAACAGCAUCAGACCAUUUCAAAAACAGCGACAGACCUUCUCAAGUCCACAACAGGCUGCGGGACACAAGGCCACCCAGCACCAAGUCCUGUCUAAGAAGUCAGAGUGAGGAGCAGAGGGAGGAGUGGAGUCGGGUCACAUCUCCGGUUGAUGGAUGUGAAGAGAUAUGUGCGUCUGACAGGCGUCAUUUGCAGCCUCUACUGGGAUACGACUGGAUAGCAGGAGUCCUUGACACUGAAGACUCCUUGAUUGAGCGCUCUGACGCUUUCUACAAUGACCUGCGCAUGUUCCGAUCGCUUAACAGAGACGAGUGUGUCCACAGCUCACAAGUAGAAUUUUCAGAGGAGAGUCAUUCAGUGCCGCCACCUCUAACUGGCAGUGAUGACCCAGAGGCUAACGUGGAUACUCAUCAGUGUACUUUCUCCUACAGGAUAAACAGCAGACUGUUCCCAGUGCCUCUUCACUCUCAGGAAUGCUGCCCGGUUUGCAAAAAGCACAAGUCCUCCCACCCUCACACUACUGCUGAACCAGCACUCAUCAGGGUCAGCAUCCCUCGCUCCACCCUCUUGCCAUCUUACAAAUACAAAGCUCAUCGGCGAUGCAGUUUUGACCCUUCAGACAGUUUGGGGUUACCAUCACACUGUCUCUCUGGCUGGUCAAACAAAGGUCAGAGCACGCUGCCUCCACCCAGCAGCCUCGACCUGAGGAGCAGUCUGGACAAAAAGAGCUCCACCGAGUUACUAUUAGAGGAUAUCCCUGAAUCCAAAAAGUCCAGUAACCAGGUGUGUGACCAGAUCUCAGAUGUCUCCUGCUUGGCUCGUCACAAAUUCCAACACUUCUCUCCUAAAAGGAAACUGGGAGGCAAAUCUUCCCCAAUGUACUGAUAAGUCGUCAACAUCUGCUUUAUUGAUUUUAGCAGUCCCUGUUAACCUUCCCAUGAUGCCCAAAAUGACUUCCUUUUUAAGUAUCUGCAAUGUAUUUUUUUUGUAAAUGUUUAAAUUUGAGUAAUCUCUGCUCUAAUGUGAAUUUUAUAAGUAGAGUUGAUACAGUGAUUUGAAUAGAGAAUGCCAGACUGCAUUGACAUCUGUAGUGAGAGGGUCAUGCAUAAUCAGCAGAAAAUGAAAUGCUAGAUAUUAGCAUUUAUUUCCUGUUGGAACAAAUUUAGACACCAAAUGUGACUGUCAGCAGCCUCAUGCAUGAGAGAAGAAGAUUACGACCAUCACGUCUUUUUGAAUCAUCUCAGUUACUCAGACACAACUUCCUUUCCAGCUCUUUGCUAUGGCUCUCAAUGCACUUCUGCUUUCUACUUCCUUUGCCGCUUCCUGAAAAAGGGACAGAGAGCUUUCUAGAGCCAGACUGUAGAGCGGCUGUCACUGUAAAGGAUGUUUUUCACAAGAAACCACAUAGAGCUCUGUGUCACAGUUUCUGAAUCAGUUCCACCUAUGACACUUAAGUUUUUCCACUUUGUGCAUUAUGAGCUAAAACAAUUGAAGACACGAAAACGUGUAAGUGCUCAUUCAAUUAAAUGAAAUGUAACUGUUGAUUCAUUCAUGUUGAAGAGCAACAUAUCUGAUUCUUUUUCUUUUGAACUUCAUUGCUUUGUUUUUUUUGCUGCACAAACCGCCGGUUUCAAAGCCAAACGCUGCCCGCUGCUGUUAUCUGUUACCAUACAGUUGAUCUUUAUCGUAGAUCUCGGAUUCUACGACACGAGUGAAGCGUUGUGCUAGAUCACAUUUGUGAUAAUGAGUUUCAGUUCAACACAAACUGUUUUUUUUAAUUAAAGAAGCACCUUGUAUUUUAAUUCUUUAAAUAAUGACUUGAAGGGCUGUGUUCAGAUAUCUCAGUUUAAGAAAAUGUACAAGAACAAAGUUAUCAGACGGUAUGAAAGUGGCAGUUAGUGUAUUCUGUGUGUUUUCCUUCUACUUUCUGUGGAAGUGAAGACUGAAUUGUCAGAUUUGUUUUAUGUCGGCAUGAUACUCAUUCAUUGAUUGUAAUUGGACAGAACCAUCCAGACAUUUAUUGUUUGCUUUUUGAGUAAGGGGGCAGGCAAAACAAGAUUUAUUCUUCUCCCUGCUCCUUUCCGUACAUGGGAUAAAGUGUGAAUUGUUUUUUUUUUCUUUUUCCUUUUCUGUUUUGUGUUUUGACAUGUACGGAACAAAAAAUUAAAAAUUAAAAAAUUAAAAA